AUGGAUAAUUGGAGGUAUAAUAGAAAGCGACCCCUUACGUUAGCUGAGCUUAUUGCGGAGCUGGAAGAUGACGACACGAUGGACGUUCCCAACAGCAUUACUAUUUUUCCCCCAGAUAACUCAAAUGACCCUGUUACUGAUGAAGAUUCAGGCGAGGAAGACGUUGUGUUGGAUAAUCUACCAGGGUCUCAAUUGAGAGUAGAAUGUGAGCCUGAAGUAGAAAUUGAUACCUCCAAUGACUGGGAUUCUGAUGAUGACCUACCUUUAGCCAACUUUGUUCGACGCAAACCAAAAAAAUUCAAAGAGUUUUCAUACACCAAGCAAGAUCUUACACACAACUCUUUUCCCGUGUGGGCUCCAGUUCAAAACAUAAAACACCAACGAUCUCCCGCUACUUUAUUCAAGUUAUUUUUUGAUGACACUGUUAUGACUCAAAUUCUCGAGUAUACCAAUCUUUAUGCGCGCCAGAAAAAUCGCCUUGGUGAUGUUACAAUUGAUGAACUAUUUUCCUAUAUUGGUAUAAUGAUCCUUAGCGGCUACUCAUCAGUGUCUAGACGAAAAAUGUACUGGCAAAAUUCAGACGACACCAACAAUAAACUUGUUGCUGCUGCCAUAUCACGAGAUCGGUUUCAGUUUUUGACAAAUAACAUUCAUUUCAAUGAUAACAGCCAGCUAACCCAAGGAGACAAAUUUUCAAAACUGAGACCAUUAUUUGACUCACUAAAUAACAAAUUUCAUGAAUAUGCGCCAAUAGAAGAAUAUCAUAGUGUUGAUGAGGCUAUGGUUCCUUAUUUUGGACGUCACGGAUGUAAACAGUUCAUCCGUGGAAAGCCAAUUCUACAAAUUGUGGGUACAAAUUGUGGCAUUCCUGAAGAAUAUUCUCAGUUAGGUUUAGGAUCUGCUGUGGUUUUGAAAUAUGCCGACGUGCUGGGCACUUUACCUUACGGCCCUUUUCAUUUGUUUUUUGACAAUUAUUUUACUUCUCUUUCUCUUAUGAGAGAGCUCAAACUACGAAACGUAAAAGCAACAGGAACCAUAAAAGAAAACCGUAUUCCGAGUAGCCCCUUACAAUCAGCAAAGGACAUGAAAAAGAAAGAUAGAGGGUCUUUUGAUUACGCUCUUGCAGACAAUGACAUAAUCAUUUGUAAAUGGCAUGAUAAUAGCGUUGUUAGUCUGGCAUCUAAUGCAUCGUCUGUUUUUCCACUGGGCAAAGCUAAAAGAUAUUCCCAAUCAGAAAAAAAACACGUACAAGUAGACCAGCCAUGUCUAAUAAAAUUAUAUAACGAAAACAUGGGCGGCGUCGACCGAAGUGAUCAGAAUAUUGGUCAAUAUAGAACUACAAUACGUGGAAAAAAAUGGUAUUUUCCAUUAUGGACCCACUCUGUGGAUAUGGCAGUACAAAACGCUUGGCACUUGCAAAAACUGGAUGGCGGCACUUUGGAUCAGCUAUCUUUUCGGAGGUCGAUUGCUAUGGAGCUAUUAGAGACCCAUAAACGUACCACCAAGAGAGGACCUUCAAAAACACCAAAGAAUCAGCAUGAACACUCCCGUUAUGAUGGAAGAGGCCAUCUAGUGGUAUAUUCUGAAAACCAGCGCAGAUGUGCCCUGUGCCAUAAAAGAGCGAAGUUUUUGUGCGACAAAUGCCAGGUCGCUCUGCACCCGAAGGAAUGUUUUUUCAAUUAUCAUACUGUGUAA